AUGCCCCAUCGCGAUGUCGUGCCUGUAACGCAGAAGUAUCAGAAGCUGGAAUGUGUCGGCAAGGGAUCAUAUGGCGCAGUAUACAAAGGGAUUGAGAAAGCUUCAGGGACGGUCGUUGCGCUGAAGAUUAUUAAUCUUGAUACGGAGGAUGACGACGUCGGGGAUAUCCAGCGGGAAGUCAAUCUGCUCACACAAUUGCGGGGAGCGGAAAAGAACAAUAUUACGAAAUAUUAUGGAUGUUACUUGGAGGGACCACGCGUUUGGAUUGUGAUGGACUUUGCAAGCGGGGGGAGCGUUAGGACCUUGAUGAAAGCGACGCGAGGCAACAUCAUCGAAGAACGGUUUGCAGUCGUCAUUGUUCGCGAGAUGCUCAUCGCGCUAAAUUUUCUCCAUAAAUCCGCCGUCAUCCAUCGCGAUAUAAAAGGCUCUGUUCUAGCGGCGAACAUUCUCAUCACACAUACUGGGAGAGUUGUGUUAUGCGAUUUCGGUGUUUCUGCUCUCCUACAAACUGCGCAAUCCAAACGCACCACGUUCGUAGGGACACCUCACUGGAUGGCACCUGAAGUGAUUACCUCCGGGUCUCUUUACGAUUCGAAAGCAGAUGUGUGGAGUUUGGGUGUCACUAUAUAUGAAAUGGUCACUGGUUCGCCACCUCACGCAGAUCUUCUCAAUGUACGGGCUAUUGCCCUCAUUCCAAAAUCGAAGCCUCCGAGACUCCCCGAUAGCGAAGGGUCUAAGGAUAUGAGAGACUUCGUUAUGAACUGCCUUCGUGAACCUCCGGCAGAGCGACUAUCCGCCGAGGAACUUCAAAAAUCGAAUUGGAUCAAAUCGUCGAAAAAAGUCCAGGUCUCAUUUUUACGCGAGUUGUUGAAGAUUUAUGACGCCUGGGCAGCUCAGGGCGGAGUGCGCGCAAGCUUGGCUGAAACGAACGAAAUAGUGGUGCCAAUUGGGAGUUCGACACUUUCCGAGGACCAGCUCCACUAG